AAAACUAAUUUUUGUAAAGAUUAAAAACAGAGCGUAUUAAAUUUUUUUAUUGAAAGUUUUCUGUAAAUUAUGUGAAUAAUCUUUGUUUAUCUGGUAAAAUAAGGUGCAAUGGCGACUCUGGAAAAGCCCAGGAGUAAGAAGAAAAAGAAGACAAGGCAUUCCAGGGAAUCCCCUUUGGAGGGUGAGGCAUCAGCAGUGGAUUUGGAAUUCCCUGAAGAGUUGGAGGAAUCGUUGAAUAUUGCAGAAAUCAUCCAUGCAGCUGAGAAGGUGGAAGAAAAAGUAAAAGAGGAUGAAGAUGUUGAUCCUGGUCAGGUGAUUAAGGAAGAAGCUUCUCCGGAAGUGGAGCAUGCUGCAGUAAUUGAGGAAACACCAGAGCUUAAGAUAGAGGAGAUGCCAGUUCCUUCUGCACCACUCCUUGAGUCUCCAGAGACGUCGUGUUCAAAGUUCCUGGUUAGAGAGACACCUUCGCAGAUCUAUCCAACCUUGAAUGCUGUCAAAAUGGAACAAGCCCAGCCUUUUCAGAAGACAACAAAACUCAUGGAAAUCACCGUGGAGCCUUUCUCAACAGCACAACUCCGAGAGCUCUACUCGAAUAAUCUCCUUGCAUUCGCCAAAGAGCUGGAACGGGAGUUUAUUGAGACAGAACUGAAUCCCAGCUUCCUCCGCAAUGGAGACUACCUCUAUCACUGCCUUCAAGAGUAUUUGAGCUCACUUGCAGAGUGCCGUAGCCUUGACAUUGAGAAUGAGAGACUGAAGGAGAUCUGCGAGGGGAAUCAGGAAAAACUCUGGAGCAUCCUCAAAGUGACGCAGUCAUUCUCGGGUGUUUGCGGUGAUGGGACCAGCGUCUCCACGACUGUUUCCUUCAAGAAAGCAAUCUUCAAUGAUAACGUAGUGGAGUUGGUGUUUGGGAAUUUCAGUGAAAUUCGAUCUGUGUGCUGUGAUAAAUACGUCAAGAAUGCCACCCUUGGGGCACUAUUUAAGAUGCUCAUUGAUGAGGAAAUAGCGCGAAUUCAGAGAAAUCACAUAAACUCCCUGGCUGGGCAGGAAUUCCUUGGGGGAGCUGAAGAAUUUCGCCACAGCAUCUCUGUUCUCUUCCACUUCCUCCGGAAGCCAAGUGCAGAGAAGAUUUUCGUGAUGAAUGUCAAGAAAUGGCUUUCAGCUGUGGUUAGCUUGCUUCUGGACGUUGCCACGUGGCCAGAUCACAUGUUCCUCCUUCACCAUGUGCUACGUUGUCCACCGGGAAUAAUUUCGUGGGCAGCACCAAUGAUUCAAAUCCCUCUAGGGGAAUUCACCACGGAAGCUCUGCAGAAUCACGUUUGUGUCCAGCACAGUCUCACAGUUCUGCAUGCAAUCUUGCUGCCAAUUGCCCGAAGAGCGGAGUUUUUGGAUGAAAUUCUCUGCUGGUCUCGCAUGGAUAAGCACGAAGGUGGUGGGGAGUGGUCAUUUGUGGAUUCAGACGGGGAGGAAGAUGUUGAUUUGCUGGUAUUGCGUGAGAAUGAUUUGGUGAGGAUUUUCAAUCAAAUCCCCUGGAAGGAGCUCUUCAGCUUGGCCACGAAGAUGCAUCCACAGCCCGGGGGGAAGUAUCGUGUGCAGAAGGAUGCCAUAACUGCUCAUUCAGUCCUGCAAUUCUUCGCCUUUGCCAGCUACGUCGUUGAAACCAUCGGGAUGGGAUUGUGUACGUACAACACAGAGAUGUAUAGACAAUUCACAAAGAGGCUGGCACGUCUUAUUGCCCACUGUGUCCAGUACGCAUCCGGAGUGUACAGUAUCUUCCAGGAUGCAACAGCUGUGAAUGACGUCCUCGUCCGGGCGAGAAUUCAGAAGGAAUUUGAGCAACUCUUCACACGAGCUUGUGACCAUAUCUACGUAUCUAGGACUGCAGGAGCAUGGCAGUAUCUCGUGGGAUUGCCGUACAAUCGUCUCUCUCCGGCCUGCAUUGGGCAUCUCUACCAGAAAAUGCGUAGCCCCCAUUUUGGAGACACCACAGCUGAGGAAGUUCUCGAGGAGAGGAAGCAGGAAGCUGACUAUAGUCUCGUGCAGAUUUUCGAAGCCAAUGACAUCUCGCAGGAGGAUCUGCACUACCUCCUGCAGACUCUGGCGAAUUUAGCUAGCAUCAGCCCAAUGCUGAGGAAGAGUGUUGUGGCGGAUUUGCUGGAGAUUGGCUUCCUGCGUGGCUCAACGAAGCACGAUUGCAGCAAAAUUGCAAGAGAUCUAAUCUCGAAUCUUGCAGAUGAAUGCCCCGAACUCAUCACAGAGAUUAUCCUGCAAUUUAACGGGAAUACCAUUGAGGCACGAAGCUACGGGACGUACCUCCUGAAACGUCUUCCGAUGGAAAAGUGGAAACCCGGUCCGGGAGUGAUUGAUAUCCUCGAGCAAUGGCUGACGGAGUGCCCGUUGGAAUCUCCGGAGAAUGGAAUGGCGAGAAUUGUUAUAAAUAACAUGAAUUGGAGCUACAGCUAUGAUGGGCAGUUAUUCCUCCACAGGGCUCUGCACACGCGCAUGGCACUCAUUAUCUACCAAGCAGACGUGCGGAAUUCAACACCAUCGUCGAAUUUCAUUGCAGAAAAUGUGAGAAAUCUGGUGAAGGAUAAAUCUACAGCAGUAAACUUCCAUACCUGGUGCUGGAAGAUGAUUUCCGUCCUUAAGCUUCAUGCGACGGAUCGAGAGAAUGCCUGGCAGGCGAUUUUUGCAUCGGAGACAGUUCUUCCGGAAAUUCUGGAACUUGAGCAUAUGGCAGAUGUGUGGAAGGGCUACAAGGAGAGGCGUCCUCUUGCAAUCUACCUCUCUGUGCUUCUCACCCUGCGUGGGCAUUCAAUUGCUCAAAUCUCAGCGUUUAGCUUCCAAAAUAUGGAGUUUUUCUUGAAGUCUGAUGAAGCAAUCACAGCCCUGCGAUGCCUUCAGCUAAUCUUUCCGCUCUUCCUGCCCUAUCCGGAGAGUCUCAUCCGGAACACGGGUUUCUCAUCGUUUCUCCAUCAAAUCUUCACCGCAAGCAGUGCCUACGGGAAGACAAAGGGAAUUUCGGGGAUUGUUGAGCUCUUUGGGAAGAUGAUUGUUGCUCAAUUGAUGGAUUGGCAGAGAUUUGGACUUCCUUCACCCACUCCCUUAAUCCUUCUCUGGCUACAAUGUCUCACAGCCUACAAGGACUUCCGGCAUUGCAGCAAUUGUCUCUAUAUCAUCGAUGUCAUCCUGGAAGUUGCUUUCACUUGCCCCGAAGCAUGGUACGAAGCCACAAAACUCUUCACCAGUCUCACAAGAGAAGCCCGCAUCACUGGGACUCCAUCAAAGUCUGUCUCAUCAUUCCUGUCCAAAGCAAAUCCCAUUGGGCUAAUUCCGCAACUUCCAGUUACGGCAAUUUGGCUGGGAUUGAUGAUCUUUGAUGUUCAGCAGGAGAUUUAUGAGACUGAAACUGGCUUCUGGGUGGAGUUUGUGCAUCAAUUGAGUCUUCAAUCCGUCAAGAUGCGAAAUUUAGAUGAAGUUGUGAAGAAAGUUGCCAAAUCCGUAGGAACUCUGCACACGCAAUCGGCUGAUUUGGUCAUUUCCCGGCUGAUUCAUCUUAUCAUUGCCUGCCCAACUAGUCAUACAGCUCUCGUGCUUCUGUGCCAAAGAUUCUUUGCUCUCUACCUUACCAAAGUACCAAGUAGUCAGGGAUGUGUCAGGGAUCGUUUAUAUGCCACCAAUGAGAUACUAAUGAGACGUAUUCGGGGGCAAAUGGAACACGCCCGUGUGCAUCAUGAAAAGCUGGCGGAAGAUGAGAAGGAAACUGACGAAGCUCUCAGUGGAUUCCACGGGAAAUUGGCCAAAGAAUUCCAAACAUUCGAAAUGUGGCUCGAAGGGAAAGGUUUCGAUGCAAGAGGAGGGAUUGUCUUCCAGGCGGGGCUGAUCAAUUUGGCACCCCUUCUGCAGGCCCAAAGGCAGAAUUUUGAAGAUUGGAAUGCAAAGCUUGGGAGGCAAAUCCCGCGAAAUCCGCUGCAUCUGUCCAAGUCGACUUCCCAAGAAUAUUCGCAAAUGAUUGAAAAGCAACUCCUUUCGUAUGAUUCUCCUGUACCUAGACAAGUAGAUCGGAAGCUGGUGUCGUCUAUCGAGCUGCCUAAUCCGCAGGAGUACACAAAGGGAGGAAUUUUCACGUCCAGCGCGUGCAGUCGUGAUUUUAGCCUUCUAGAGAAGUACGCGAAGGCUUUUGCAUCAAAUAUCCAAGAGAUGGGUAAUUUGGACAGAACAUUUGGGGACUUGGUGAAGAGGAAGCUGGUAAAUGAGAAAGAAACCUACUACGAAUCUGUCUACUGCACGAGUGUCUUGAGGAAUAAGGAUUGCUCCGGAGCUGCACAAGUGCGUGUCACAAAGAAUCGCGUCGUCACCGUGGAGAGCAUUGAGAAGAACAUUGCAGCGAAUCGGAAGCAACACCAGAAGCUUCUUAACACAACAAUGAAGCAACUUCCGGAUGAUCUGCUAAAAGCUCUCCUCCGGAUGGAACAAACGCUCAAGAGUUUGGUUGACCAAUGCAGCCACCGGAAGAAUGAAAGGAGGUGCACAGACGCAUGUAGGAUUGCUUUUGAGAUUCUCGCUAAAACUCUGAGAUCCUCAAUGGAUUUCCUAACGGUUUUCCCACCAACAAACUCCCUGACGCAGUCUGUGAUAAAAACUCUCGAGCACUUUAUGCCUUUUCAUCUGCAGCAGGAAGGACGAGGAUUGGUGGAGUCAAUGCUGAAGGGAACAAUCUUUACGGAUUUCCUUAUUAGCCUGUUUACACCGGAACUCCUGGCGCCAAGGGAAUUCCUUGCUGCCUAUGAGCUCACAAUUGCUUCUUUCGGGAAGUUGAGUGAUCAGGAGGUUGUGGCAGUGAUUCUGGGGAAGUUUAACAUGACAGAAUGGCUGGAGAUGCAUGAACCGGAUGCAGGGAUACGGGAGAAUCUCACGCAUCUCAUUCUGCGUGGCCUGAAGGUGGCUACACAUAGAAAUUCACCGGGAAAUGAUAAAAUUCUUCGUUUGCAUCUUGUUCAGUUGUUCAAGCAUCGCUUCCCGCAGUCCUUCAACAGCAUUCUGCGGAUUCUCUUUGAUGGAUUCACUAAAUUUGGGAUUUCAGGUGGUGUUUUGAGGGAUUUACUAAAUUGUCUCUUUAGUUUCUACGGAUUGGUUGGGAUUACAUCAGAUUCCGCCCUUCCGGCCACGUAUGAAUGCAUCGAAUUCUUUGCAUCAACACAGAAAGUUCUCAGUCAGAUGGAUCUGAUGGAGACAAUCAAGUGGCUCAGUGAAUUCUUUAGGCAGAAGCGCAAAAAUGACGGAAUCUACGGACUCUUUCCACGUUUUAAGGAUUUAUAUCACAUUUUUAAUUUAUUCAUGACAACUCUCGUGCAAACGACAAUCACAGCCACAAUUCAGGCAUUCCCCGGAGCUUCUGCUGAUCAACUUUCUGAAUGGAUUUGGUCAUGUAUUCGGGAUGUGUAUGAAAUGUGGGUCAUCCCUGUGAUUCCCGGUGAUGCUGCAACAUCAUCCCAGGCGCAGGGGAAUUGGCUCAAAAACCAACUGGACAGUACACUCCUUCUGCCAUGGAGUGAAACAACAAAAGUGGGUCCAAAUGAGAUUUUUCAUCAUUUUGCAAGAUGCACAAACUUUGCAAUUGUCUCCCUUCAUGGGGAUCCAUCAAUCCUCCGGCAUGUCUUCCUGUGGUAUGAGAGGAACUUCAGUAGCUCCGCAAUUCCGGUGUACAUCACCCUGACUGCCCAUGAGGCUCUUGGCAAACUUCCCUGGGAUGGUUUUGAUCCAACUCAUGAAAUUUUGGAUUUAGCUUCAUUAAUUUUCAAGGAGAAACAUUCAGAAGGAAGCCGGAAGUACGCAGCAAAUGUCCUGAAGAGAGUUUCCUGGAUUAAUUGGUUCCAACGGCAUGAAACCUCGUGGAAUUAUGUGCAAAAAUGUGAAGUAAUUUCUCGUCUUUUCUCACUCUUUGUCCCCAUGGCGGCGUAUGGGGAUGAUGUGGAUGUGGUGCUGGAACACGUGGAAGGAGCCAUCGCUUGGGAAUUUGUCGAUUCAGCUAUUUUCACGGAAACUCUGGGAAUUUUCUCUUCUGCCGCUGGCCCCAUGUGGUGCAAGAAACUCCAUGCGGAGCUGCCAAUGGGGAGAGUUGAGAAGGCACUUUGGAAGCUCCUUCGACGUGUUUCACGCAUUGAUCUCACCGGAGAGGAUGCAAAAUCCUCAAGAGCAGCAACAAAACGCUUAACUUUCGUGAAAAUAGUUCAGCAAUUCCUCAUUCAAUCCGUGGAGAAUGGAAGGGAAUUUUUCACAUCAAAGGAUGGAAAGAAAGUUUUUCAGGAUAUUUUUGCAGAACUUUUGAGGGAUAUUCAGAAAAUCUUGGACAAUGAGGAGGAUUUCCCAAAGGAAGGACUGAAUAUUUUGGUGGAAGUUCUGCGAGAAAUUCCUCAAGACUUUGAAGAGAUUGCAAGUGGGCUGCUCGUUGAGGGAAUCACACAGUGGGAACAAAGUCACCAAGGUACCAUUGUGGCCCUCUUGAAUGCCAUAGCAAUGAGCAGAAAAGCCUCAGAGCCUCUCAAUGCAUUGCUAGAUGCAACAAUCGAAGAAUCCUUCCGCGGAAACAUUGCAGUGGCAUCAAAGACCAGAUGGGCAUUCAUUCAGGAAACAAUGUGGAAUUACAUGGCUACUAUGCGUCCAGCUUUGAUUGGUCAAAAUGCCCUCAAUUGCUUACAUUUGUACGCAACAAUUGCCUUCCGUAGUGAGAGGGAUCCCAAGAAGCGACUCGUGUUGAUGGGAUUGAUUUUUGAGCGUCUCAAUGGGGUGACUCUUGCGGAGGAGAAUGAGGUGAAAGUAGUCCUUCUGUGGGGCUUCCUGUGUGCCAUGAGUUUCCGCGAAUGCGAUCGUUCCCCGGAGAAUUCCACAUUCCUCAUUCACAUCACAAAGAGGCUCAUCCACAUGGCCAAUGAACCCGAUGAUUGGGGUAAGAGUGUACUGAGUGCCAUUGGCAUCACACGUCUCAAGAGAUCCAAAGUACUGUGGAAGUGCUUAGCGUGCUACAUGACGGAGUUGCUGAAGGUGAUCAAUGUUGAUGGGAAUUUUGAGCGUGAUCGCUGUGCCCUCAAUGUGGAGCUCCAGGCGAAGCAGUACAAUCCCUACAGGGAGGCCAUCGCGGACAUUAGUCGUCACAUUCAGGGAGAUUUGAGUCAUCAAGCGAUUAAUAUUGCCUCCCUAUUGCGUAAAUUCUAUCCAGGUGAGAAUGUGCUGGAUCAAAUUGAGACAUUGUGGACUUAGAGGCAUUCCGCUGAGUGAGAUGAGUUAAUCCGUGUGCUUAAAUAGAAGAAUGUAGGAGGAUGGCUUUUAAGGAAGAAUCUUGUCAUUUGAUCCAUCUUCUUGAAUGUUUUACUUUAAAAAAUUAAUUACCAUUUUGUCGCAAAGAAAUUAUUGCAAAAAUUCUUUAUAAAUAUUUUUUGCGUAUAUAGAAAAAUAUAUGAGAAAGAUUUGUACGAA